GAACCAGCUAGUCAUGGCCUCCACCAACAAUAACGGGAAGCCCUACCGACUCCGGAUGCUCCAGCAUCCCUUACCUUCCAUGUUAUCCCCCUCUCGGUCCAACUCUUUCCAUUUAAUGACAUUGACCUCACAUCCUCGACAUGAAUGGUGAUUCAGGCGUCCAGUUUGUGGCGGCGCGGCCAAGAAAGCGUCCUCAUAAUCAGAUGUCUGAACCAUCACGAAGCCAGCAUCAGUCUCGCUGGCGCUCAGACGCUGAACCGUCCUCGUCCCAAGACCACAAUUCUCCGCAUAGCCGCCCACCGUUGCCACCGAUGAGAUAUCCUGGAGAUGGAUAUGAUUUCCGUCGACCGAUAAUGUCUGAUUCUCCUCAAAGAGAGGAUGUAAUAGAUUUGACGAACGAGCCAGAUUCUCCGGAAGACCAGAGAAGACCGCAAAAUGGCGCCUCGCGAACAACACCACGACUACCACGAUUUGGAAGAAACAUAAUGGCCGAAGUUGUCGAUCUUGAAGAACCAGAAGAUAUAAUUCGAGUAGAUUCCCCAAGCAGUCCGGAAGUGCAGUUUGUCGGAGCUACAGUUCGCCAGCCAGAACCGGUGCCGGCACCUCCGCCUAGAAAUCGAGGCUUCAUAGGGGCGAAUCUCUGGGAUUUAAUACGAUUACAACGUGAAAUGGCACCGCGUCAUCUCAUGUCAAGAGAGGAAAGCUUCAGACAGGAAAUUGCAUGGAGAGCGCGAGACCUUCACCGUCGUCCGCCCGACGAGGUGGACAUGUUUUUGCUUGGUGCUGCUGAGGAAGCCAUCGAUCUUGAGGAUGCCAUGGAUCUCGCGAUAGUCGGGGAUAGGUCAUUGAGAGUUGAGUAUCCUACAUCUGGGUUGACUUCAGAUAGAGGCUCCCGUCAGAGCUCGUACAAAGCGCCAAGUCCUCCCUCCGAAGGAUUUACGAGAAGCGCUGGGGAGGAGGAUCUGGUCGUGUGUCCAAAUUGUGAUGAGGAACUUGGAACAGGCGAUGAGACAAAGCAACAGAUAUGGGUAGCGAAACCUUGUGGACACGUAUACUGUGGCGAAUGUGCCAGGAAUCGUGCUGUCUCCAAGGCUAAGAAGACUCCCCAGAGAACCAAACCAUUUUCUAAAUGUCAGGUCAUUGAUUGCGGUAAACCUGUCAGUGCACCCAAAUCGAUGUUCCAGAUAUACCUUUGAUCACCGGUAUUCUGCGUAUGUUCAACGAUGAUCGGGUUCGCAUGGUGAGGUGCUUCGGCGGAGUUAAAGCGUUUUUUCGGUUUCCCUAUUCUUGAUACCCCAUUGCAUGUGUACUGUGGGCGCGAGGGCAUUUGUGUUUUUCUCCUCCCUUGAGGGACUUUUUCUGGAUAGUAGAGGCAUGAGGCAUGCCAUUUAUUCAUUCUACCUUAGUAGAUAACGAUCCAUAGCAACGGUUCAUGCAACCCGCU